AUGAAGAAAGUAGCACACAUAAAAGAGAAAGUGAGAGACAGGGGCUGUCGGUCGGAAGGGGCCAACGAGCCUGGCUUCAUGGGGAUCCAUUUCUGCAACAACAUGUUGCAUCCUAAGGAAGACAAGGAGAACAGAAUCCUUCUGUAUGCAUGCCGGAACUGUGACUACCAGCAGGAAGCUGACAACAGCUGCAUCUACAUCAACAAGAUCACACACGAAGUAGACGAACUGACCCAGAUCAUUGCCGACGUUUCUCAGGACCCAACUCUGCCCCAAAAGGAGGACCAUCCCUGUCAGAAGUGCAGCCACAAAGAAACGGUAUUUUUCCAGUGUCACAGCGCGAGGGCAGAGGAUGUCAUGCGGCUGUAUUAUGUCUGCACAGCCUCACCCUGCGGGCACCACUGGACUGAGUAA